CGCGCGCCGCCAAAGCUUUGCGACCUGCAGUGACGCGCGUUGCACGUCUGUGCAUCGGUUUAAAGUGAUCAAGUGUGUGUUUACACUUUUUGGAUAUUUACGAGUUGAUACGAGGUGUGGUCCACAAUGAGCUCGUCGCUUCUCCUGGCGAGCACACUCCUCACGAAGCAGUCGGGUCUGGAUGACGUCUCCAAGGUCACAGCGCACAUUCCUCAGGGAAAGAACAGAAGCCACGAAUGGCAGAUCGUUUGGAGAAAUGUCCUCGGGUUCGUCUACCUUCACACCGCCGCCAUAUACGGGCUCUACCUUAUAUUCACGGGCCGGGCGAAGAUGUAUACGUGGUUGUUCGGGGUGCUAUUUGCCGUAGUAUCGGCCAUGGGGGUGACGGCGGGCGCGCAUCGGCUGUGGGCACACCAGGCGUAUAAGGCCCGGUGGCCACUACGCGUCAUUCUGACCGUACUCCAGACAAUGGCCUUCCAGAACCACAUCUACGAGUGGGUCAGAGAUCACAGAGUUCACCAUAAAUUCACGGAAACAGAUGCGGAUCCUCACAACGCUAAACGCGGCUUCUUCUUCUCCCACAUCGGCUGGCUGAUGGUACGGAAGCACAAGCAGGUCUUCGAGAAGGGAGCCACCAUCGACAUGUCUGACCUCGAGCAGGACCCGAUCGUCAUGUUCCAGAAGAAGACUUACUUGGUUCUGAUGCCAGUGCUCUGCUUCUUGAUCCCUGCUUGGAUCCCCAUCCACUUCUGGGGUGAGACUCCGUGGAGCUCGUGGUACGUGGCAGCUAUCUUGAGAUACACCAUCUCUCUCCACUUCACCUGGCUGGUCAACUCCGCUGCACACAUUUGGGGAAACAGACCUUAUGACAAGAACAUUGGCGCCACCGACAACGUGACGGUGGCCAUCUGCGCGUUCGGCGAGGGCUGGCACAACUACCACCACGUGUUCCCGUGGGACUACAAAGCGGCUGAGCUGGGAAACUAUAGCACCAACAUGUCGACAUCCUUGAUUGAUCUUGCAGCGAAGUUUGGCUGGGCUUACGACCUCAAAACAGUCUCAGUGGAUAUGAUCAAGAAACGUGCUGCAAGGACCGGAGACGGCUCCCACCCGUCCUGUCAAGAAGCUCCAAAGGUCAUAGAUGAUGAUGACCAUGACCAUGACCAUGACCACUCUCAUGACAACGCAGUCUGGGGCUGGGAAGACAAGGAUAUGCCAGAAGAAGAUAAACAGCUAGCAGAAAUCAGUCAUAGAAAGAUAGAAUAGUAUAGCUUUAGGUUAAUAAUUUGUACAAAUGUGUGUGGAGUCAUUUGCAUUUAAAAGUUUCCUGUUGUAAUUUGAAUGUGGAUCAAAAUUUAAGAUUUUGCAAGACAAAAGAACUACUAAAAUUAUUUAAUUCACAUUAUCCUGAUAUUGGAUAUAGAGAAACUAAAGGCACAAGACUUAAAAAGUAUAUUAAAUGUGCCUUAAUUUAUAUGCCAAAACUCAUUAACCUAGUUAGAGACUACAUAAAAGGCUAACUGACUUAAAACAUUUUCCUCUUUUCUGCAGUCGGAAAAUAAUCGAUAUUUUGACAGCGGAGUAGAAAGUGAUUUUAAUCAAUAACAUUUGAUUGCAUACAUAGUUACUACGUCAUUGUACCUAAUUUGGAAUGUAACAAACCAGCCACUAAAAUGAAAGUCCUGUCCUGUUACAAACGGCAGGCACGUUAUAUAGGUACAUAGGUACAGUGCCAAAAGCACUGAAUUGUAUACCAAACAAAUUAAAUUAUAACUACAACAAAUCUAAUUAAAUUAUACAAAUUAAAGGAAACAUUUAAAUCGCUGAAUGUAAAUAAAUGUAAUUAUCCUUUUGAUCUUUAUUAAUAAUUUCAGAGAAUUAGGAUACAUAUUUAUCAUUCGGUAAUAAAAGGACUGGAUUCGGUGAUAGUUUAGCAUUAUUAUUUUAUUUAUUUUUAUUUGUUUUAUUAGGAGCCUAUUUUUACUCUGAUAUAGGAUGCUGCUAUGAUUACAUGAUACAAAUUAUUUUAAGACUCCAUUAUUUUUAUUGUUUACCUUCAUUAUGUUAGUAAAUGUAUACGUUGAUGGUGUAAUAGGCUCUUAAUGAACUUAAAUUAUAUUUUUGAGACUUUUACCUAUUUACUGUAAGCUUUUAUCAUAUCGCUAUAGCAUUUAGCGUAAAAUGAUGGUUUAUUAUAGGAUUAAUGUAAA